AUGCCUGGUCGCGAGAACGUCAAGCAAGGUGGAAAUAGCAACAGUUCUGUGCCGGCGAAUUUCGACGAGACCUCCUUUUCCGAACAGUCCAGGCGUGACCUUCGCGAGUUGUUCACCAUGAUUGCACGUCUACAAACCGAAAACACUGCCCUUCGCGUCACAGCUCAUCUUGAAUCAAUCACCGAGAGACUCACAGAACAAGUCGAAAGGCUCGAGACGCCUCAUCCUUCAGAAGAACAAGGCAACCCCCUUUCUCGCCGACUGCAGCGCCUAGCAGAUCUCGCCAUCGACUUACCCCUUGAUAUCAAAGACGAUGAUCUAAGUGUAAACGACCUUGCCCUCUUAUGCGCUGUUCUCGAGGAUGACAUGCGACGAGCUGCACUGAUCAACUUUGCUGGGGAUUCUGUCACCUUCCCCAUGUUGUCCUUUUGUCUUCGAUCACUGGGUGAAGGAAAUGUGGUUGGGUUUCUUGUGCACGAAGGCGGACGAGUGCCUCGUUGCUCUCUACAUGGAGAUGGAAAUUGUACUUGGAUGACGAGGGACAAUGGUUUGAUCAAAAUACGACGUGAGCCGUGA